AUGUCUAACACUGGAGACAACAACAACAAUGAAAAUGAUGAGCAAAUUCCACCAGAAACCGUUCCAAAUCUUCUGAUGCAAGCUUUGAUUGGGGAAAUGACACAGUUGAUGAGGAUUGAGUUAGAAGCUGUUCACGCAAGAGUUGAUAGAAUACAGGAGAAUGCACAGCAACGGCAGCCGCGAGAUAUGCCUAUUAGAAGAGGAGAAAAUCAACCCAAGGGUUGA